CCGUCACAGCUUAUAUAUAUAUAUUUAAAAAAGGGGGAAAACAAAUAGAUAGAGGUACAACGACGUCGUUUCAUUGGCCGGCAUCGGAAACUUUUGUCAUCAUCUCCGGGUAUUUGAUUAGAAAGAAGGGGAGGCGUGGGAAAGGAAGAAUGUGUAUACUGUGUGUGAUUCAGAAGUGGUCAAGAAAGGUUGCAACAAUGUUACCAUGGUUAGUGAUUCCGUUGAUUGGACUAUGGCUAUUAUCUCAGUUUUUGCCACCAGCUUUUCGUUUUGAGAUAACAUCACCACGGUUGGCUUGUGUUCUUGUUCUUUUGGUUACCCUUUUCUGGUAUGAGGUUUUGAUGCCUCAGUUGUCAUCUUGGAGGGUUCGUAGGAAUGCUAGGAUUAAAGAGAGGAAAAUGCUUGAAGCUAUUGAAAUGCAGAAGCUUAGAAAGAAUGCGGUUAGGAAGUGUAGGAAUUGUAAGACCCCGUAUCGUGAUCAAAACCCUUGUGGUGGGAAGUUCAAUUGUUGUUAUUGUGGACAUAAGUCGAAAAGACCAGAAAUGGAUCAGUUGUGUGUGGCAUCUGAUUUGGGAAGGUUUUCGAGCUCUGGGUUAUUGAGGAAUCUGGUUGGGAAGAUUUGGUCGGAUAAUAAUUGGAUAUGUGGUCAGGAUUGGCUUGAGAAUGGUGGUAAUUGGGUCAAUGGGUCAUUUUCUGGAAAAUCGAGUUAUUUGAAGAAGAAGAAUAGUGGUGGGCUUUUUGGUAACGACUAUUUCUUUUCGUUUCUACUUGUUUUUGUUUGCAAGAGUUUAGCUGCUAUUUUGUUGGGUAUUAUGUGGAUCUUUGGGAGACUAUUUAGAUUUAGCUUUGAUGAAGGUGAUGCUGCUAUGGGUUCAGAUAUCAAUGGUUUAUCUAAAAAGGGUGAGAAUGGUGUAAAUUGUAAUGAAACAAAAAGUGAGAAAGCUCGCAGGAAAGCGGAAGAGAAGAGACAAGCUAGAUUAGAAAGGGAACAGUUGGAGGAAGAGGAACGGAAACAAAGGGAGGAGGUUGCUAGAUUGGUGGAGGAACGUAGGAAGUUAAGAGAUGAAACUGAUAAUAAAUAUAACAAAAAGGCUUUCAAGGCAUCACCUCGGGACAAUAAGGAUAAAAAGGAGGCAGAGAGAAAACGCCAAGAGAGGAAGAAAGAAUGGGACAGGGGAUCUAGUAGAAGUAAUUCUGAUGUAGAUGAACUUGAGAAACGGGCAAAUAAGGAAAUUAAAAAAAACAAGAAGGGUGAGGUUGAUCGAGAACAUAAUCGAUCGAAAGGUUCCAUGGCAGAUAGUUAUUAUAAGGGAAGUGUUGGUGCUCGAUAUCUUGAUCGUAUGAGGGGAAACUUUUUUCCAUCUUCUAAAACACUAACGGGGGGUGGUUUCUUUGGCAAAGGUGUGAAUGCAAAUGCAAAUGCUAGUAACACAAGAGAACAUAGAUCUAAUGUUUCCUUAGAUCAUUCCAAUAAGAAAGAUUUUGUUCAACCGGAGCGUGCAUAUGGGAAGUCAAAUGCACAUGCAGAUGAUAAAAACCAGAAUCGACUUGCGCGUUUUGAGCCCCUUCCUUGUCCGCCACCCAAAAAAUCAUGGCAUCAGUUAUUCUCCAGGUCAUCACCUAUUGCUUCGUCCACUGAUACUAAUGUGUUAAGCAAGCCGAAUGGAAACUCACAAACAGAAGCUCAGAGUUCGAUAGCAUCUGGUUAUCCAGUAAGCCAAGGAUAUGAUAUUCCCGCUACAGAGGGCUUACCUUAUCAUUUACCAAAUUAUUCAUAUGGGAACACUACUACUAGUUCUACAGGUCUUCAGUCAUCAUCGAUUGUCACUGAACAUGAGAAUUUUGAGGACCCGUGCUAUGUUCCUGAUCCCGUGUUAUCAGCUGGGCCAGUCUCAGAGCCACUUGAUUCUUUCCCGGUAGAUUUUGGCUUUUUAGCUGAUGUUGGGUUUGAAAAGCCAUCACCAAUUGCGUCUCCUGUCUCACGGCCACGGUCUGACUCUUCUUUUUCUCCAAGCCCUCAAAGGACUCAAGAAAAUACUAAUCUACCCAUGGAAGAUUGUGGUGCUGCUAUUGAGAAGGGGUGGCAGGCAUGGAACAGUUGUCGCUAUAUGUCAGACAUUGGUGCUAACACCAAAUGGGAUUUACCUCAAAAAUCUAGUGCUCCAAUGCUAAAGGAAGAGGAUUAUGUCCUGUCCAGCACAACUAAUUUAAUGCAUGCUAAUAGUGAUGAUUCAUGGAAAUUUAGAACUUCAUAUGGGUCUAUAUCAAGCAGUAAAAACCAUUUACCGAUGAACUUGCAUGGAGGAGUUACUCGUAAUAAAUUGGUUUAUGGAAUUCCCAAUGGAUCUGCUAUCAACCAUCAAUUUCAGCCGUAUCAUGGUGUUGUUUGGGCAAAGAAGGAGAAGGUGGUUUGUCGAGUUCCCGUCGAAGGCAUAGAAUCCAUACCAACUAUCAUAGGUCCUCGUGGUGGGCUAUACCCCCCUCUACAUGUACAGCCAGUUUGGUCAUAUGAAUGAAAAAGAAAAGAAGGAAGUUUUUAGAAAACAAAAAGAGUAUGAUAUAACUCUAAUAUACCUUCUGUUCUGAAGAGGAAUGCAGCCUCUUUUGGAGGAAAGUUUAGAAUA